CUUACGAUUGACUCGUUUUUUUUUUUUGGUCGCACAUUCAUAAUCAUCCGAAAAACAAAUAUUCAUAAAAAAUUAACUAAAACCGAACAACAAAAGGAAAAACAACAAAUGGACGCUACUGAAGACUAUUGUGCUAUUUGCCUCUGCCGCAAGCAUCGCAUUGUGAGCACUCCAUGCAAGCAUACAUUCUGCAAGCGCUGUCUCAAGAAAGUCUACGAUGUCUGUCCCACCAAGGUCUGUCCACUGUGUCGAGCUCCAUUCGAGUAUUACAUUCGUGAACGUGGCUCUGGCAUUAAAAUCGUAUUCCUGGCAUAGAUCCCUACAUAUCCAAGUAAUCGAUGUUGGUCUAUUUUGUUUAGUUACUUAAAUUUUUCUGUUCUUAUAUUUAAAAUGACCAAUCUAUAUAUAUUUUUUCGAAUUUUGGUUUCACCUUGUUAAAACAAUGUUCAAGUUAAGUUCUUGUAUGAGCGCGAGGCACUAUUCUGAAGCCUUACAAGAUCUGAAUACAGGAACUUGAAACAUAAAAACGAAUAUUUAAUUUUUUAAAAUAUAAAAUUCAAAUUAAUCUAA